AUGCUAAAGUAUGGGGGAACGCGUUUGAAGGCCCGACUGACAGCUUUCAAUCCAUGGAAGCGCAGACCUGGAGGGCUGCAGCUUAAUGGGCGGCCUCAGAUGAUCAGCCCUAUCUACUUCCGCGGCAGAUACAAGCAGCAGAACCCUGACGAUCCAUGUCGUCUACUAAAACCAAGCCACGUGCUCCUGAAGCGGUGCCCCGCGUGCAAGCGAACCAUGUUCGUGCAGAUCAAGGAUAAAGACACGUUUCACAUGUGUUGUGAAGGCGUACCGAUGAAGGUGUACUCGGAUAUGAAGACCGUCAUGAACAUUGAACAUAAGGUACUCACUCUUACUCGCCAGUGGGAUGUCGAAAACGAGCGACCGUGGAGCAAUCCUCAUCGCCCGCGACCAAAGGGGCGAUCAAAGUUCAAGAAGUAG